AUGAAUUCUGAAAUUUAUUAUCCAGUUUGCCCUAGUCCAAAGAACUCUAAAUAUCCUACAGAUUCGCCAAAUAAUCCUUUUGGACCUUUAGCAGUUGAAAAGGAUAGAAUUAAUAAUAAAAAAAGGCCACAACCUCUUACAAAAAGUGAACGAGAAUCUAAAGAUACACUUGUUUUUCUUGCCUUAGGGACGCAAUUUAUAUUUAAAAUGCCCUCUGACGAAGAACCCUUAUCCACUUCUGUGAAACUUCUAUGGCCAAUUCCAGCUGAAAAUGAUAAUAAAAAUGAUGGAAAUGAAGAAAAUGAAUAUAAUGUAAAUAAAAAUGUUGGAAAUGAAGAAAAUGAUUAUGGUGAAGAAGAUGGAGAAAUUAGAGAAAAUGAUGAAAAUAAAGAAAAUGAUGAAAAUAAAGAAAAUGAUGAAAACAAAGAAAAUGAUGAAAAUAAAGAAAACGAAUAUAAUGAAGGAAAUGAUGAAAAUAGAUUUAAAGAAUUUGAUGAUGAUGAUGAUGACGAUGAAGAUUAUGAUGAAUUCUAUUAUUCAUCGUCAUAUGGAGAAUGGUCAGACAGUGAAUCUAAUUCAGGAAAAUAUUCAGAUGAAACGGAUGAAACGGAAAUUGCUUAUGAGAAUGGAUCUGUUUAUAGUGUAUUAAAACAAGAAAAUGGGACAAUAGUGCCAGUUCAUGAUAUUCAUGAUGAAUCAGAAAAUCCUUUUUUAAGUACAAAAAUCAAGAAAAAGAAGGAACCAGUAACGAAAAAUGAUUUAUUUCAAGUUUUCCGAGGGAGAAGAUAUUCUUUACCAUCAGAUAUUUAUGAUUAUUAUCCUGAAGAUCAUGGAGAAGAAUAUAAAAUUUCUGAUAUUAAACCGAGGAAUCUUUUACCUCUUUUACUUUCAGAAGUUCCAAUUUCAUCACCUAAAUCAUCAUCUAAAUCACCACCUAAAUUAUCAUCUAAAUCAUCAUCUAAAUCAUCAUCUAAAUCAUCAUCUAAAUCAUCAAAAUUAGUUAUAAACAAAGAAUUUGGUAGUAAUGAUAAUGAAAAUUUAUUAGAAAUAAUAGAUGCAGAGGAAAAUUCUGAAAAUUCAGAAGAUUCGUCCACACUCGAAUCAGAUCAAUCACAAAGUAAAUGCAUCACAGGUUUUAAACGAUGUCAUCCAAAUUCAAGUCAAACAAUUCCUAAAAAGAGGUCUAGACAUAAAACUUAA